CAAGCCAAUUGCGGCGCGGACAGCCCGGCUAGCCUCAAGUAUAGGCAGCCAGCUGCUCCGUAGCCCAUCGCGAGCCUAGAGCGGCCGCUAUUACAAGACCGCGCCUCGGGCCGCGGCGCAGCGAAGCCCACAGUAGGGCAGCCCCAAAAGAAGGAUGGGCCGCGGCGCCCAGGGCGACGCCGUCCUCGAUCAGAGGAUAGGAUGGUUGUUGCAACAAAUACGCAUCGCCUACAAGCACGUGACGCCGGACAUGUGGGAGAAGUUCCGAGGGGAUCAGGGCGCAAACGACCUCCUCGAGGCGUUCGCGAACGCCGACGAGGGCGCGCCCGGCGGACUAUACAUUGCCGAGAAGGUCGGUCGCGUCAUCCUCACCGCCGUACCGCCGGAGAAGCAGAAAAAAGAUGAUGCUGGCUUCCUGUAUAUCCUCAAAAUUGAGAAAGACAAGCCGCUCGAUGUAGGAAAGUGCCAACGGCAGUGCAUCGUGGGCGAAUGCUCGAGCGGUGUCUUGGAGCACGCGGAGCAAGUAGCGAUGACCGUAUUAGCACCACUACUCGCCGUGAGCAAGGGCGACGCGAGCGACCUCGUGGCAAAGGAGGUCGACGAGGGGUUGGCGGCGUUCGUCGCAAACGUCCAGAUCAUGCAAGGCCAUGCGAGAGGUACUACUGCGUUGCCCUUGCCUCCCGAUUGGGCCGUCAGCAAGAACACGACGGCGUCGUCUGGUGCGCCCGAAGGGCCUGCUGACAGUAAGGACGCGAUUCACGCGUUAGAGUCCGCGAUCAUUACGUGGACGAAGCAAAUAAAAGCCGUGCUCAAGGAGGAUCCCGAGGGUUUAUCUACCGAUGAGAGACCGCAUCCCGGUCCAGUUGCGGAGCUUGACUUCUGGGCUGCUAAAAGCAAAAACUUGGACUCGAUCUUCGACCAAUUGCAAAGCGUGCGUGUGCGAAAGGUCCUGCGGUGCUUGGACAAGGCGCAGUCGACCUAUAAUGCCCCCUUCGCGAAGCUGUGCAAGGAGCUCUUCCACGCUAGAGCUGAAGCGAACGACAACGUCAAGUUCUUAGCGCCCUUGCGCAAGUGGGUCGAGCAGCUGGAGGACUGCACGGACUACUCCGUAUUGCCUGAAGUCUAUCCGCCGGUCGUGCAUACGAUCUUACUGAUCUGGAAGGGCUCGGGCCACUACAACACGCCGACAAGACUCGUCGUGUUGGUGCGGGAGGUCUGCAACGCCCUCGUAGCGCAAUCCCAGCAGUAUCUUGGUAGUAUGUCUGUCUUCGAGCUCAUCGAGUCAGAAGAUCCCAACGAUGCGAGGGGAGCCGUAUCAGCGCUCAAGGAAACUCUCAGAGUCCUGGCGGCCUUCAAGGAGGUCUACCUCAAGUACAAGGACAAGGCUGCUACCGAAUGCCCUUUGAACGCCUGGCGCGUCCAGAACAACGCCGUCUUCGUGCGGCUCGACGCCUUCUGGGAGCGGUGCCAUGAUGUGUUGGAACUGACAGAAACCACGAUGCAGUUCGGCCAACUUAGUAAGAUCGAGAUCGGCGGCACGAAGGGCAAGGUGCUCACGACUUCCGUACAACAGAUCCACUCGGACUUCACGCAAGCGGUCAAUCGGGUGCGAUCUUAUGGGGAUGAUCGAUUAUUGGAUACCGAGGCCAAGGAGUUCGACGACGCGUUCUACGAAUUCCGGACAAGUGUGCGGGAGCUCGAGAAACGAUUGGCGUCCGUCCUGUCGCAAGGUUUUUCAGAUGCGCCGACGUUGCGGGCGCAGUUCAAAUUACUAGACAGUUUCGCGGGGUUAACAGCAAGACAAGUAAUAACGGAGGAGCUCGAGAAGCGCUACGUCCAGAUGGUGUCCGUGUUCGGUGCUGACUCAGUGUCCACUUCGCGUCGAUGGCGUCGUCGUGACCACACGAGAGCCUACGAGUGUCGCGACCACGCAGGUGAAGAUGUAAGAGCGAUGCAGAAGAUGUUCAUCGAAGGGAAAGAGGCGCCGCCGAUCGCGCACAAUCUACCGCCGAUCGCUGGUGCGCUUACUUGGUGUCGAGGGCUGUUGGAGCGCAUAAAAACGCCCAUGAGUAAAAUCCGCAAGCUCGACAAGAGUGUGAUGGAGUCCGAGGAGGCGCGCGACGUCAUCAAGGACUACACGGCCUUCCAGGGCCAGCUCUCCGACUACGAGCGCGAGCAGAUCGAGGCCUGGGGCGCCGAGAUGGAGAAAUCGAGUCAAGCUAAAUUAAAAAAUCCGCUGCUGCGGUCCGAGAACGAUCCUGAGUUCGGCUACCCCCUGCUCUACGUGAAUUUUGACCCUUUGUUGGUGAGACUGCUCCGAGAGGUCAAGUACUUCCUGCUACUGGGCUUCGAGGCGCCCCAGGCCGCGCUGGAGAUCUACGAGCACGCCGAGACUUUUAGAAAACAUAUGGGCAAUUUGGAUCUCGUGGUGCUGACUCAGCGUCUUCAACUACGCGUCGACGGCGUCAGCGCGACGCCUCGACGCCGUCGUCAUGAUCGUCGGAGCGUCUACACGUGAUCCCGCGCAGGUCAACGUCUACAACUGGAUGCAGGCCGAGAUGCUGCCGGUCGAGCGGCCCCUGCUCUCCAAACAACUAGAGUUGUUAGAUGAUGUACUAGCCCAAGGCAUCGCGCCGCACAAGGUAUCGCCUCCGAGUUCGAGUUUUACUUCGAUUCGGGGUCGCGCGCGGUCGGAGCGAGGUGUUUCUCUCUGGAUACGGUCGCGUGGGUCGCUCGGAGGCCGCGGCGCCGAGCUCGCGAGACGCGGCGGCUCGGGGAGUCGCGAUGGCGUCCCCGCGGACGCAUCUCUGCUGGAAACGCCGUCGACGCGACGCUCCACACAAAUCUCGAUGGUGCUCGGAGAUCCGUAGCUCACCGGUCGACGUCCCCGCAGGACUUGCUCGAGGACGCCGUUCCUGACGAGCAAACGCCCAAGAAGAAGAAGAAGAAGUCCAAGAAGAAGCCCCUCAACUGGAAGAGCAACAACAUCGACCUGUUCGUCCUGCCGUGUCCUUUCGUGCCUUCGCGUGGCUCCGAGAGAAGCGGCCGCGUCGACGGCGUCGUGCCGGGACGUCGCGGCGACGGCGUCUGGGAGCAUUGGUCGACGUCCGCGCAGGUACGUCAACGAGAGCAUGACGGCGGCGAACGAGAUCAAAUUAGUGGUGGAGAAGAUGAAGGACAACCUCCGGAAGGCCGAGGCCGUCCUCGACGCGUGGUCCGCGCAGCCGCUCCUCAAGCGCUCGGGCAAGGCCCAGCCCGUCGACGACUUCGAGCAGCUCCAGAAGGUGACGCUCAAGGAAAGGUACGACGCCAUCAGGAAGGUCCGCGACGCGGCGUCCGUUUCCGAACCGCACGCCAUCGUCAUGCAUCGUCUCCAUCUCCCGAUGACGGGCGGCGGGUCCGAGAGAAACGCGGUCGCGUCGACGCCGUCUUACGCGUCCGCGCCCCGCAGGGCGGCAACGAGAUCCAUUUGUUGAUGAAGGACACGAACAAGAAGCUCAAGGUCAGCCAGGGCCUGCCGGACUGGAAGGCCUAUUUAGAUUUCGUGAACAAUAUCAUCGUCGGUGGGCUUAAACGAAUAGUCGUGAAGUCGUGCGCCGCGCUCGAGCAGCAGCUCGACCCCGUGCACUUGGCGAAGCCUACGGCCCUCGGUCCGAUGUUGGAGAUUGAAUUAGAUCUGGUCGACGGUCGCGUCAAAUUCAUUCCUGAAGUGGGUCCCGGCCCGGGGGAAUUGAGGACGAUCUUCCGCGACUGGUGCAUGAACUUCGACGACGUGGCGCUGCAGGUGAAAAGGUUAGACACGGGCGAAGGGACGUACCUCCGAGAGCUCAUGGAGGACAUGGAGGUCAUGGGCUUCAUAGCUUGCAUCGAGCAAAGGCUGAAUUUGACGGAGCAGCGGUGCCAGAAGCUGAAGCGGAACUACGAGCUGUACGACUACCUCUGGACGACGGACUUGAACGAGAUGUUCGCCGAGUUCCUGGAGACGGCUAUCAUCAAGCCCGAAGCGGCUUCCGUGGCCUCGGGAGAAGACCUUCCCGAGGAAGAGCCCGAGCCGGAGCGUUUAAAUCUAGAACUGUUCGAGGAGAAGAUCCAGCUCUACCAGGGCGUCCAGCACGAGGUCGACGACAUGAGGCCGACGCACGAGAUCGAUUUUUUGAGGAUCCAGAGCCAGCCGGUAAAACAAGCAUUGAGCACGUGGUGCAACAAGUGGAUGUACUGCUUCACGAACUAUUUGCAGGAGAAGCUCAUGGGCGACCUCACCGAAUUAUAUGAUUUCAUGGACGCCAUCGACGUCGGCCUCGACCAGGAGGUCGACGACGGCGACAAGGAGACGCUCAUGUCCGUCAUGUCGCAUAUUAGGGAUGUGCGCCAGCGCAUGCCGGGCAUGGAGGCGACCUUCGUGCCGCUGCGCGAGACGGUGGAGCUGCUCAAGUCCAACGCGAUCGAAUUGGAUUUAGGGUUAGUGGGCGAGGAGGAGGCUCUGGACUUUUUGGAGCGAGCGCCCUUGGCCUGGGACAACACGGUGAACAAGACGUUUCGCGUGAAAGAGAGCAUCCAGCCGCUCCAGAACGCCAUGGUCGACUUCAUCAAGCGGGACAUCGCGGACUACGUGUCUCGGGUCAAACUCGCGCACCGCGAAUUUAGAGAUGCGCCCCACGGGCCCUUCACGUGGCCCUCCGAUAGGAUCAAGGACGCCUACGCGAGCAUGGACAGGACCUACGCGAGGAUGAAGGUGUUGGAAGCGGAGGCCGAGUCGUUCAAGAAUUUGCAGGAGCUCUUCGAGCUCAAUAAAAUAAAGGCUCCCGAACUACUUACUCUACGAACAGAAUUAAAACUGCUCAAGCAGGUCUGGGACUGCGUUGGUGUGGUGGAGAGUCUGUUUGGCAGCUGGAGCGAUACGUUAUGGCUCGACAUAAGACCAGAUGACCUCGUCGACGAGUGCAAGAAGCUCGCGACGCACGUGAAGCGCCUCCCGCGGCGGUUAAGGGACUGGCCCUGCUACCUGCGCCUGCAAGGGUCGGUGCAAAACAUGGCCUCGAUCUUACCCCUCGUAAGCGAGCUGCGGUCCCCGUGCAUGCGCGACCGCCACUGGAAGGCCGUCGCGAGCGAAUGUCAUAAACCGGUGGACAAGGGCCCCGGCUUCUGCCUCGCCGAUUUGUUGAAGUUGCAGCUCCACGAGCACGUCGAGGGCAUCAUGGAGAUCGUCGAGGUCGCGCAGAAGGAGAACAAGGUCGAGCAGAAGCUGAAACAGAUCGAGCAGUUCUGGAGUGUUGCCUGCCUUGAACUAGCUAGACAUAAAGAUACGGAGGUGCAAGUUAUUGUUUCUCCAGACGACUUAAUUGAGACCCUGGACGAGCACAAUAUUCAGUUGCAGAGCAUGGCGGCCAUGGGCCGGGCCGUGGACUUCUUCCGGAGUGACAUACAAGCGUGGCAGAAGACGCUAGGCACGAUCGAGGCGGUCAUGAGAAUACUGUUGAUGGUGCAGCGCGCGUGGGCGGCCCUCGAGGCCAUCUUCCUCGGGAGCCAGGACAUCCGCGCGCAGUUACCUGAUGAUACGAAGCGCUUCGAAGGUAUUGAUGGCGAGUUCAAGGAGACGAUGACCUCGAUCUUCGCCGUGAAACAGGUGGUGAGUGUCUGCGAGGUCGACGGGCGCGAAAAGCAGCUCGAGGUCAUGUACAAGGAGCUCGAGCUCUGCCAGAAGGCGCUGACCGAAUACUUGGACAUGAAGAAGAACAUCUUCCCGCGCUUCUACUUCGUCUCCAACAUGGCGCUGCUCGACAUCCUCUCGAAUAGUAAUAAUCCUACAAAGAUCAUGCCGCACGUCGGGGCCGUCUUCGACGGCAUCGACCGGUUGACCUUCGCGCUUCCCUCAAGGCUCGAGCAGCUCGAAGACGAAAGUCUGAGUGACGACGAGCCGAAGAAGGAGAAGCCGCCGACCGAGGCGUCGAGCAUGGUCGCGAAAGACGGCGAGGACGUGCCCUUCGAGGACCACUUCAUGAUGGAGGGCGCCGUGGAAGUGUGGUUGAACGAGCUCGUGACGUUCAUGCGCGAUACGCUGCGAGGCUGCCUCGUCACGGCUCUCGAGGAGGCGUCGUCGUGGGACACGGAGCGCCCGCGCGAGGAGUGGGUCGCCUACCACUGUGCGCAGAUCGCCCUCAUAACGUCCCAAAUCGUCUGGACCGAAGAGACGGAAACGGCGUUGGAUGACCUGGAGAACGGGACCGACGACGCGGUCAAGAAAUAUUUAGAUGUGUGCAAAGGCCGGCUCGACGCCCUGAUCAAGCAGGUGCAAGGGGAUUUAUCGAAGGAGCUGCGGAACAAGAUCAUCACGCUGAUUACGAUCGAUGUUCAUAGUAGAGACAUCGUCGGGGCGUUGAUCACGAAACGCGUGGAAAACGCGCAGGACUUCCUCUGGAGCAGUCAGCUGCGCUACUACUGGGCCGCCGAUGCCAGGGACGCGGACAUUCGUAUUUGUGACUACCGAAGCGUCUACAGCUUCGAGUACGUGGGCAACUGCGGGCGAUUGGUUAUUACGCCGUUGACCGACCGAUGCUACGUCACACUCACGACCGCCAUAAGAUUAUUCUUAGGAGGUGCCCCAGCCGGCCCGGCGGGCACGGGCAAGACGGAGACCACGAAGGACCUCUCGCGCGACCUGGGCCUACCUUGUUACGUCUUCAACUGCUCCGACCAGAUGAACUACCAGACCAUGGCCGACAUCUUCCGGGGUCUCAGCCAGGCCGGCGCCUGGGGCUGCUUCGACGAGUUCAACCGCAUCCCCAUCGAGGUGCUGUCUGUGGUCGCUACGCAAGUGAAGACCAUCUUAGACGCCACGAUCCGAUUCGCCGACCCCGAGAACAGAGUAGGAGAAUACAAAACGCUACCGGCGGGGACACCACCGCUCAAGGUCGGCGACUACGACUUUUUUGGGCAGGAGAUCGGCCUCGUGCCGACGUGCGGCUUCUACAUCACGAUGAACCCGGGGUAUGCCGGGCGGACGGAGCUGCCCGAGAAUUUGAAGGCACUGUUUCGUUCCUGCGCCAUGAUCCGGCCGGACCUGGCGAUGAUCAUGGAGAACAUGUUGAUGAGCGAAGGCUUCGUCACGGCGCGACCGCUCGCGAUCAAGUUCAACACGCUGUAUGCCUUGAGUGCUGAUCUACUCAGUAAGCAGGCGCAUUACGACUGGGGGCUCCGAGCGGUGAAGUCGGUCCUGAGAGUCGCCGGUAAAUUAAAGAGAGCCGAGCCAAAAGUCAACGAGGAAGCCAUUCUAAUGCGAGCGCUGCGCGACUUCAACACGCCCAAGAUUCCCGCGAACGACAUCCCCGUGUUCUUGCGGCUCAUCUCGGACCUGUUCCCGGGCCUGGAGCUAGCUACCAACGUCGACGAGGUCCUGAAGGAAACGGCGAUCAAAGUUUCCCGGAAAAACGGUUUCCAGAGCGAAGACGUCUUCAUCGCGAAGGUCGUGCAAUUUCAAGAAUUGCUCGACGUCAGGCAUAGCGUCAUGCUGCUGGGCCCGCCGGGCGCCGGCAAGUCGACGAUCUACCAGACGCUCGUGGCGUGCAAGAACGUGGACCAGCCGAAGCCGCUCUGCGUCUACGAGGCGGUCAAUCCGAAGGCCGUGACGUCCGACGAGUUGUACGGCUACAUGACGCUGUCCAAGGACUGGAAGGACGGGUGUCUCAGCAUAGUAAUGAGGAACAUGUGCAAGUGCUGGCAGCCCUAUACCAGUGCCCAGACGGACCAGUGGGUCGUCUUAGACGGCGACAUCGACGCGGUCUGGAUCGAGUCCAUGAACACGGUCAUGGACGACAACAAGGUGUUGACAUUAGUGUCCAACGAAAGAAUUCCACUCACCCCGGCGAUGCGGAUGGUCUUCGAAAUUGAGUCGCUGCGGAACGCGACGCCCGCGACCGUCAGUCGUGCGGGUAUCUUGUUCAUCAACGAGACGGACAUCGGCUGGGCGCCCUUCGCGACGUCGUGGACGGAACGACGAGACUCGGACACCGAGAAGAGCUGCUUGCCGGGUUUUUUUGAUAAAUACAUACCUCAACUGAUAGCUAUGUUGAAAGAAAAAGGUGUAGAGUACCUGACGCCGGUCAUGACCAUCUCCAAGGUGAGUGCCUUGUGCCACCUGCUGGAGGGCUAUCUAUCGGCAGUUCCAGAGAGCGAGAAGGACGGGCAUCGGAUCGAGCGGUUGUUUUUGUACGCCUGCAUCUGGGCCUUUGGGGGCUGCGCGGCGGCGGACAAGACGACGGACUCCAGGCAAUUAUUUAACGAGGUCUGGCGCGACGUGGCGAAGGGAGGUUUGAAACUCCCGGAGGCCGGGCUCUGCUUCGAGUACGCCGUCGACCCGGCAUCGGGCGACGUCUGCGAGUGGAGUGAAUUGGUCCCUCGCUAUGAACCGGUCGGUGUGGUCAAGUUUUCGAAUAUAGUCGUGGCUACGGCGGAUCUCGUAGCAUUGAAAACUCUAACAACGAACCUCCAGACGAACGGCCACGGCGUGCUGUUCGUCGGCUCCGCGGGCACGGGCAAAACGGUCUUGGUGCGAGAUUUUCUUAGAAGCUUACCGAUCGAGAAGUACGACACCGCCACCAUCAACAUGAACUUUUAUACCGACGCGGUGACGACGCAGGGCCAGCUCGAGGCGCCGAUCGAGAAGCGGUCCGGCAAAUCUUAUGGUCCACCGGCGGGGAAAGUUCUGGUGUAUUUCAUCGACGACCUGAACAUGCCCUUCGUGGAGGAGUACGGCACGCAGACGCCCAUCGAGCUGCUGCGCAUGCACGCCGACUACGGGUCCUGGUACGACCGGGCCGAUUUGAGUUUGCGGAAGCAGGUCGUGGACUGCCAGUUCAUCUGCGCGCAGAACCACAAGGCCGGGUCCUUCUCGGUGCUCGGACGGUACCAGCGCCACUUCGCGGCUUUCGGGUGCCAAUCGAGCUCGGACGCGGACCUGGCCAUGAUCUUCGGAAGCAUCCUCGAUGCCCACUUGGAGUCCUUCUCUUCGUCAGUACAGAAGGUCGGCAAGGGCAUCGUGGACGGCACGCUCGCGAUCCACCGCGAGAUGGCGAGCCGCUUCCUGCCGAGCGCGGUGAAGUUCCACUACAACUUCAAUAUGAGGGAUUUGAGUGCGGUCUUCCAAGGCUUGUGUAGCAUCCACCAUGCCCACGUGCGGGACGGCCUGAAAGUGGCGAGGCUCUGGAUGCACGAGUGCGAGCGCGUCUACGCGGACCGACUGAUAAGUAAUACGGAGAUCCAGCGGUGCCUGGAGAUCGUCGUGGACGUGGCGAAAAGGGUGAUUGAUGAUGAUCAAGAAUUGUUAUUCAAGCGGCCGAACGCGUGGACGACGUUCGCGACGCCGACCAUGGACGACUCGCGGGCGUACUUACCCAUAAAAUCGAUGGCCGCCCUGAAGAAGGUCCUGCACGAUCAACUGAAUGAGUACAACGAGGCGAACGCCAUCAUGAACCUCGUGUUGUUCGACGUGGCCAUGCUCCACGUCGUCCGCAUCGCGAGGAUCAUCGGCUUCCCGCAAGGGAACGCGCUGCUCGUGGGCGUGGGCGGGAGCGGCAAGCAAUCUCUGGCGAGAUUAGCCAGUUUCAUCUGCGGGAACGCGGUGACGCAGGUCGCCGUCACGAGCACGUUCGGCGUCAGCGAGCUCAAGGAGGAGCUCAAGGAGCUGUACCGCAGGGCCGGCGUCAAGCCCGCGGAACCCAUCACCUUUCUGCUCACGGAUUCCCAGAUUGUGGAUGAAAAGUUUCUCGUGUUCAUCAACGACGUGCUGGCGUCGGGGAUCAUCCCCGACCUCUUCUCGCGGGACGAGUACGACGCGAUCUUCGGCGCGCUGCGGAACGCGGCGAAGGCGGAAGGAGUGGCGGACACGUCGGACAGCAUGAUGGAGUACUUCAUCGGGCGCGUGCGGCACAACCUGCAUGUCGUACUUUGUUUUUCACCUAUUGGCGAGUUGUUUAGAAUAAGAGCAAGAAAGUUCCCCGCGCUCAUCAACUGCACGGCCAUCGACUGGUUCCACCCCUGGCCCAAGGACGCCCUCGUGAGCGUCGCGCAGCAUUUCUUGCAUGAAGUGGAUUUGGGGCCGUCCGACGUCGCGGACAACAUUUGUUUUCACGUCGCCGAGGUCCACGCGUCCGUCGGUGCGCAGUCGGAGCAGUACUUCGUCGUCGAGAAGCGCUACAAUUACGUGACGCCGACGUCGUUCCUGGAGCUGAUCUCGUUCUACAAGAGUUUGUUAGCUGAGCGACGACAGGAGAUGAGCAAUCAAAUUGAAAGACUAGCCACCGGUCUACAAACACUGAAGAACACGAACAAGGACGUGACGGCCCUGAAAGAGGACUUGAAGAUAAAGAUGGUCGACGUCAACAAGAAGAAGGCCGAAUGCGACGUUUUCCUGGAAAGGAUGGGCGAGCAGCGCGCCAUCGCCGAGGGCGAGCAGGACGCCGCGAAAAUAGUUCAAGGCCGUGCUGAUAGUGCAGCUCAAGAUGCGAGGAAGAUUGAAGAAAGCGCGGCGUCGGAUUUAGCUGUCGCGCAGCCGGCAUUGGACGCCGCGAAGGACGCGGUCAACUGCCUCGACAAGGCCUCCGUCACGGAACUAAAGUCCUUCGCGAAGCCACCGAGUGGCGUGGACAAGGUGACCGACGCUUUAUUAAUAUUAGUGAAGGGCGCGGGCAAGAAAGGGCUGGGCUGGGACCCCGCGAAGAAGAUGAUGGCUAAAGUGCGAUUGCGGCGUCUUCACUUCCUUGAUAUGAGUCGUCUCCACGAGAGAAUGGUUUCUUUUUCGAAUUUGAGGCCGUUCGGACCGCGUCGAGACACCGCGAUGCUCCGCGCAUGACGUGGUCUUCAUGAAGACGUCGACGCGAUGCCGACGCGUCGCGUGAGUGCACGGAGACGGUUCCGUGAUGGUACGAUUCCCGCGCAGGUCGACGCCUUCCUGCAAAGUCUGAUCGACUUCAAGGGCGAGGACAUCGCGGAAGACCUCGUGAAGCGCGUCCAGCCCUACUUGGAUGAUCCGGUCUUCUCCUACGACAAGAUGAAGAGCAAGUCGGCCGCGGCCGCGAACCUCUGCAACUGGGUCGUGAACAUUAUCACGUACAACAAAGUCUACAAGAAGAUCCGGCCGCUCAUGGAGGACCUGGCCGCGGCCCAGGCCGUGAAAGCUAAAGCGGAAGGCGAACUGGCCGUCGUCGACGCCAAAUUAGCGAAGAUUAACGAGGCGCUCGACGCGCUGCAGAUGCAAUUUCUCGAAGCGACGUCGGAAAAAGCCAAGGUCGAGGCCGUGGCGAACGCCUGCCAGGAUCGACUUAAUUUAGCGGAGCGGUUGACGAAUGGUUUAGCCUCCGAAUAUGAUCGGUGGACCGUCGAAGUCGAACGGUUGCGGUCGGUGGAGAAGACGCUCGUUGGGGAUGUGUUGCUAGGCGCUGCUUUUGUUAGUUACAUAGGAGCCUUCGGCAGUCAGUUCAGAAAGCGAUUAACGACCGACUUCUGGAUCGCCGAUCUUGUUAGAAGAGAAAUCCCGAUGACGAGCGGCAUCGAGCCGCUCGAUCUACUCACGAAUGAUAGCCAGAAGGCCUCGUGGCAGAACGAGGGCCUGCCGGCGGACCGGAUUAGUAUAGAGAACGGCGCCAUCAUCACGAACUGCAACCGGUGGCCGCUCAUCGUCGACCCGCAGCUCCAGGGCAUCUCCUGGAUCCGGUCGCAUGAAGAGGCGCGGCUGAAGGUCCAGCAAGCUCAACUCGCGGAGAAGCUGGCCGCGAGGAACCCCGAAGAGGCCGGCGACGAGGAACCGGUCGCGACCGGAAACGGUAUAGUACAACUACAGCUAGGCGAGAAGAACUGGGUGUUUAGAGUUACGGAAGCCAUAAGAAAUGGCGACUGCGUCAUCGUCGAGAAUCUUGGGGAGCAGAUCGACGCCGUGCUGGAUCCGGUACUGGCGAGGACGGUCAUCAGAAAAGGUCGGCAGAUGUUUUUGCGCUUCGGCGGCGAGGACGUCGAGUACGACGCGAACUUUAAAUUAUACCUCCAGACGCGGCUGGCGAACCCGCACUACAAGCCCGAGAUCGCGGCGCAGUGCACGCUCAUCAAUUUUAUAGUUACGCAGUCGGGUCUCGAGGAUCAACUACUAGCGAAGGUCGUAGGAAGGGAACGGGCGGACAUCGAGCAGCAGAAGAACGAACUCGUGCAGGCCUUUAAUGAAUAUAAAAUUCAGCUGAAAGGCUUGGAGGAUGACUUACUCUACAAGCUCGCGAACGCGCCCGCGGACAUUUUAUCUGAUAUACCUCUCAUCGAGGGUCUGGAAUCUACCAAAGCUACUGCCGGUGAGAUCGCGCGAGCCGUGGCCAAGGGCAAGGAGACGGAGAUCGGCAUCAACGAGGCGCGCGAGGUCUACCGGCCCGUCGCGGCCGAAGCUUCUUGUCUCUACUUCAUGCUCCUGCAGCUCAACAAGAUCCAGUACGCCUACCAGUACUCCCUCGCGUCGUUCGAGACCUUCUUCUACAACGGCAUGAAGCGCGCGGUCAUGUCUGACGACGCGAAGAAACGCGUCGACGCUCUUUUGUCGAGCGUGCGGUGGACCAUCUUCCAGUGGGUCGCGCGCGGGCUGUUUGAAAGGCAUCGUUUAGUUUUCCUAGUACAAGUAGUGGUAGGCUUACUACAGCAGGGCCUAAAUGAUACUCCAGAAGACGGAGGGGAAGGCGGCGCGUGGUCCAAGAUCGCCGCUUUGAGCGGCUACUCGCCCGAGGCCCUGGCAUUCUUGUUAAGAGGCCCGCAGAAGGACGACCCCGGAGAUCCGCCGGCGCCGUGGCUCCAGCCGCAGAACUGGGCCAUGGUCUGCGCCUUGGCAGAUGUCGAGGCUCUAGGGUUCGAGAAAUUACCCUCAGACUUGGAGGAGAACGCGCCGCGCUUCGCGGAGUGGUUCAAUCAUGCCACGCCCGAGACGGAAAAACUACCUUUAGAUUGGAGAGACUUAGACAGGAGGCCGUUCCGGAAACUACUUGUAGUUAGAUGUCUGCGGCCGGACCGACUGACGUCGGCGUUGAUGCAGUUCGUGCGCACGACAUUGCCGGGUGGUUCGGGCUACGCCGACUUGGAUGCGGAUAGUAACUCGUUCGGCGUUUUGGAGCAGGCCUUCGACGACGCCUCGCCCACGGUCCCGAUCUACUUCGUGCUGUCGCCGGGCGCGAAUGUCGUGGCGGACGUGGACAAGCUAGCCGAGAGAGAUGGCAUGAAGGCCGGCGAGACCUACUUUAACGUGUCGCUCGGUCAAGGGCAGGACGUCGUCGCGCAGGAGCGGUUGGAAGCGGCGCAUCGCAGUGGCCACUGGGUGAUCUUGAACAACGUCCAUUUGAUGCCGCGGUGGCUGAAGAAAGUGGAAAAAUUAUUAGAUGAAUAUGCCUCGUCCGGCAGUCACGAGAACUUCCGCGUGUUCAUGUCUUCUGAUCCGUCGAACAGCAUCCCGAUCGGCAUCCUCGACCGGUCCAUAAAGCUCACGUCUGAUCCUCCCAGCGGCUUGAAAGCGAAUAUAAAACAGGCUUUUUGUACGUUCAGUCGCGAAGAGUAUGAAGAGCUCGAAGGCAGGACGCGGGGCAUUCUUUUUGGAUUAUGCCAUUUCCACGCCGUCAUGCUCGAGAGAAGAAAGUUCGGGGCCCAGGGCCGGAACAUGCACUACCCGUUCGCGGUGGGCGACUUAAUCAAUUCGGCCUCGGUCCUCAAAAACUACAUGGAGAACGCGCCCACGAAGGUGCCCUGGGACGACCUCCGCUACUUAUUUGGGGAGAUCAUGUACGGCGGCCACAUCGUGAACGAUUUUGAUCGACUCGUGUGUCAAGAAUAUUUGCGGUUUUACAUGAAGGACGAGCUCCUCGACGAGAUGGACAUGUAUCCGUACCCCGAUGUCAAGCUGCAGUACUUCGCGGCGCCGCAGACUUCCGACUCUUUCGACAAGGUGUUGCAGCACGUCGAGCAGACGAUGCAGGGCGACAGCCCAUUGGCUUUCGGGUUCCACCCCAAUGCGGAGAUCGGCUUCCGGACGGACCAGUCCGAGCAGCUAUGUCUAUCCAUCCUAGACUUGGGGGCCGGCGACGAGGCGUCGGGCGAGGAAGGCGCGUCGAAACAAACUGUUGCUGAAAGUGCUUUGCAGGAUAUCCUGGAGAACCAUAGGGACGCUAUCUUCGACAUCGACGCUGUUCUAAGCUUGUUAGAUGAGCCGGGGCCGUAUCAUACGGUAUUCCUGCAGGAGUGCGAGUUGAUGAAUGCACUCAUAGAAACCAUGCUCGCUACCUUAGAAGAGUUGGAUCUAGGCUUCAAGGGUGAGCUCACCAUGGGCGACCACAUGGAGCGCUUGCAAGAUGCGUUAUUCCUGGAUAGGGUACCCGGCGCGUGGUCGAAGGUCGCCUAUCCCUCUAUUCGGGGCUUGACGACCUGGCUGGCCAACCUCAAAGGCCGACUGGAGCAGCUCCGCGAGUGGACUCAAGGCCCGACCGACAUCCCGGUCGUGACUUGGCUCUCGGGAUUAUUUAAUCCGACGUCAUUCUUGACGGCCGUGAUGCAGACGACCGCACAAGCCCAAUCCCUAGAGUUGGACAAACUACGAGUCGCGACGGAGGUCACGAAGCGCAUGGAGCCUUCGGAGUUUAGUGCCCAUUCUCGGGACGGCGCCUACGUCUACGGUCUAUCUUUAGAGGGUGCUCGGUGGGACAUGCAGGGCGCCAUGCUCGCUCCAUCGGCGGCGGGCGAGAUGACCUGCCUCAUGCCAGUCAUCAACUGCAAGGCGGCCCCCGCGGACAAGACCGAGUCGAACAUUUACGAAUGUCCCUGCUACAAGCAUUUGCGGCGCGGGCCGACGUACGUCUUUUCAGCGCCGUUGAAGACCAAAGCGCCGGCGGCGAAGUGGGUCCUGGCCGGCACGGCGCUGAUCAUGGACGUCGCGUCCAAGUAAGAUAUGUUACUACUA